AUGGCGGAGCUGGACGUCGGGCGGCGUUGCCAGGUGGAGCGCUGCAGGCGGCUAGAUUUUCUUCCAUUUGUAUGUGAUGGAUGUUCAGGAGUAUUUUGCCUUGAACACAGGAGCAGAGAGUCCCAUAGCUGUCCUGAGGUGACUGUAAUCAACGAGAGACCGGAGUCAGACACCCGUACAUCUCACCCGUGCUCCUUCAGGGACUGUGCUGAGAGAGGGCUUGUGCCUGUUAUGUGUCCUUACUGUGAGAAGAACUUUUGCCUGAGACACCGUCACCAGUCAGAUCAUGAAUGUGAAAAACUGGAAAUCCCGAAGCCUCGUAUGGCUGCCACUCAGAAACUCGUUAAAGACAUUAUUGAUUCCAAGACAGGAGAGACAAGUAAACGACGGAAAGGUGCGAAGAAUAGUGGAACAGCUGCAAAGGUAGCGCUGAUGAAAUUAAAGAUGCAUGCUGCUGGAGACAAAUCAUUGCCACAGACGGAAAGAAUUUACUUUCAGGUUUUCUUACCUAAGGGGAGCAAAGAAAAGAGGAGAGCCAUGUUCUUCUGCCGAGGGUGGAGCAUUGGAAGGGCCACAGACUGCGCAGCUUCUUUAGCCAGCCUUAAAAAUGACAACAACAGACCAACAGCUAAGAAAUUGAGGUUGUGUCACAGUGUCUCAGGAGAGGCCUUACCCUUGGAUCAUAUUUUGGAAACCUGGAUUGCUAAGGAGGAUUGUCCUUUGUACAAUGGUGGAAAUAUUAUCUUGGAAUAUCUGAGUGAUGAAGAACAGUUUUUAAAAAAUGUUGAUUCUUACUUGGAAUAGCCAUGCAGGG